AUGCUGGAUCUCUUGAAAUUCCGUGGGAAAAAUGGAGCCCUUGCCUUUCUGGAAAGCCUGAAACUCCACAACCCAGAUAUUUAUGUGCUCAUCACUGGCUUGGAACCUUCCAUAGACCACAAUCAUUUCAGUGACUUGAUUGAGAGUUCCCAACUGACAGAAUGCUUGGCCAAGGCAGUGAGCAGCCUGCAGGAAGAACUGAGCCAGGAGAAGCGGCAGAAGGUGUCUUUGCUCCAUCACUGCCGCAAGCUGAAGGAGAAGACCGCCCGACUGGAAGCACAAGCUGAAAGCCUGAGCGGCAUUGAGGCCGAAUGUAACCGCAUGAAGAGGGAGCUCAGUGCCCACUUCCAUGAAGCCCUCAAGCUUAAAGAUGAACUUUAUGGCCUAUCUUUACGUUACAGCAGUGCCCUGCAGGAGAAGGACCUGGCCAUCACCCGCUGUCAGAGCCUGCAGGAAGAGCUGUACCUGAUGAAGCAGGAAUUGCAGCGAGCCCGGGUGUCAUCCUAUUGUGAAUGGGAGAGGUCCCCAAGGCCAGCUGGGGACACACAGCCACAGGCCGAUGAACUUCAGACACUGAGAGAGGAGAACGAGCGUCUCAAGUCAAUGGUGGAGCUGGGGACCUUCAGUGUGGUGCAGAAGGAUAUCCUGGAGCAGAACCUUGAUGAUGCUCUGGACGGAAAGCAGGAACUGCUGAAUCGCAUCCACUCGCUGAGGGAGCAGGCGGCACUUGCUGAGAAUCAGCGGAAGCAGUGCUGGGAAGAAAAGGAGCACACUCUGAUCCAGUGCCAGAGGAUGAAGGUGGACUGUGAGAUCUACAAGGACAAAAUCAGUGCCCUCCAGGCACAAGUGGCUGAUCUGCAGAAAGAGAGAGAUCAGGCCUACAGUGCAAGGGAUGCUGCUCAGGUGGAAAUUUCUCAGAGCCUCCUGGAGAAAGAUUCGCUCCGCCGCAAAGUCUUUGAGCUCACGGAUGAGAUCUGUGAACUCAGGAAGCAGACAGGCCUAAGUGGCUCAGUGCUCGCAGUGCAGUGGGAUGGGCCUGCCAGCUCUCUGACCAAGGAACCUUGUCCAAAGAGGAAGCAGCGUCUUGUGCGCAUGAACGCCGUCUGCCCCCGGGGUGACAGCCAGGACAGCUUCUUGAGCAUGUCUGAGUCUUGGUCAGAUUUAAGCAACAGGUCAAACCAAGAGCUGCUUGGGAGCAUCCGCUCAUGCUGCCCAAUCCCACCAUGUAAGCAUUCCCUACAGAGGAGAGCCAUGCAAGAAAGUUCUUUUUCCAGAAGCAGUUCCCUGGAGUUUCUGGAGGACGAUUUCCCUUCAGCCUCUGAAGAGAAAGUAGAAGACCCCCCUUUUGAGUAUGAGAUGGUGGAAAAAGAGGAUGGCAACUCUUUGUGGCUUCACCUGGACCCCUGCAUCUCAGAGAGUGUGCCUAUGCGCCGGCGGCUUGCACAGCGUUUCCCAAGCCGCAUCACAACCAUUGCCUUCCAAGCCAACACUUUGAUGGAACAGAUCAGCAUCAUUGGGGGGAACCAAACGGGCAUCUUCAUUCACCAAGUCACACCUGGCUCUGCUGCUGAUGAGAUGUCUUUGUCGCCGGGCCAUCAGAUUGUGCUGGUGGAUUAUGGAGUCAUGGAACCAGGUUUCAAAGCUGUCCUGGAGGAUGCAACACUUGAGGAGGCUCUUUGGGUCUUGGAAAGGGUCAAUGGCUUCUGCUGCCUGUCCGUGCGGCUCAACAUGGAGGGCUACAAGAAGCUGCUAAUUGACCUGAACUCCAAGCUGGUGACAUCUGGGGACUCCUUCUACGUUCGGUCCAACCUCUGCCUUGAGAGGCAGGCACCUGGGGAACUUCUAGUAGGGUGCCAUGACAUCCUGCACAUCACCGACACAGUGUGCCAGGGCCAAACGCAGUGGAGUGCCUGCCAGGUGAACCCCUACACCAUGAAAGACAUGGAUGCUGGCACUAUCCCCAACUACUGCCGGGCACAGCAGCAACUCAUCACUCUGAUUCAGGAAAUGGCCCAGAAGAGCACCGUCACUCACAAGAAUUCUGGGUUGCAGCCCAAACUGGUGCGCAUCGUGAGCACAGACAACAAGAAGAUCAAUCCACUCUGGUCAUCGAUGGACUGCAGCCUGUCGGACUCCAGCAAGCCACAUAUGAGCCGCCGAGUCAGCCUACACACCAGGAGCUGUGUCAGCUUGAUGCCAUAUACUUUGGUGAGGCCCUGCAGGCCUGGCUGCCCACGCCCAGUCCUCCUGGUGCCAACGCUGUUGGGAAGGAUCCUGGCUGACAAGUUGUGCCUGUCCAAGGCCUUUGAGAAAUGUCCAGCAGAGCCCCAAGGCGAAACACAGAGUAGAGAUGCACUCCCUGAAAAAAGCGAGAUGAGUAGCAACUGUUGUGUUCCCCAUCAGGCUCUGGAGUGGCUGAUGCAAAAGAAUGUGCAUGGCUGGCUGGACCUGGGCCUGGAAAGUGUGCAGGAACUCCUGGCUAUGGAAAUCUACCCCAUCAUCAUCUUGGUCACCAUCAGUGAAAAGAAUGGAAAGAAAUUCAGGUAAGAGCCGUUGCUCUGCACUGAAAGAUCAUUGUCUGCUUAGCAAAACCCAACGGGCCAAGGCCUCCUUAGCGUAAUCCUAAAGCCACAACAACCUUCUUCCUUUCAAGCCUGGAUUUGAAUUGCAUAAAGUUAAUGAUGCAGCCUUUACAGUGGUACCUCGUGUUACGGAUGGGAUCCAUUCUGGAGGCCCGUCCGUAACACGAAACACCCGAAACUUGA